CGGCGUGCGACGAAGCCAAAGAGGCUUAUAUGAGUUCGUAACAGACCGAAAAACGAUGACAACAAGUUUAAAACAGGCUUUAAAAACCCACUUUGGGUUCGACAGCUUUAGGUCGAAGCUACAGGAAGAUGUUGUCAAAGCGGUUAUCAGGGGUGACAGGGACGUGUUUGUGUGCAUGCCCACUGGGGCAGGAAAGUCCCUCUGCUACCAGCUGCCUGCGAUGCUGGCUGAGGGCAUCACUCUGGUUAUAUCCCCGUUAAUCGCCCUCAUUCAGGACCAAGUGGAUCACCUGAGGGAUCUUAACAUCCCCGCCUGCUCCAUCAACUCCAAGCUCCCAGCAGGUGAACGCCGUCUGAUCAUGGCCGACCUGGAGAGCAGCAGCCCCAAACUCAAGCUGCUCUACAUCACUCCGGAGAUGGUGGCCUCACCUACGUUCCAGCCGUGCCUGAAUGGACUGUGUUCCCGCAGCCAGCUGGCCUACCUGGCCGUGGACGAGGCUCACUGCGUGUCUCAGUGGGGUCAUGAUUUCAGGCCCGACUAUCUCAAACUGGGAGAGCUGCGGGCUCGCUUACAGGGAGUUCCCUGUUUGGCUUUGACGGCAACAGCACCCAAGAAUGUGCAAGAAGACAUUGUUCAGUCCCUGAAAAUGAACUUGACACUGUCUUUUGUCACACCUGUUUUCCGCAAAAACCUGCACUAUGAUGUGAUCUUCCGGGAGCUGCUGCCGAACCCCUACGUCCACCUCCAUGCCUUUAUCAAGAAGGCGCUGGCGCUGGACAGUGGGUCUAACGGACAGGGUUGUGGGAUUGUGUACUGUCGGACAAGGGACGGUUGUGAGACAGUAGCUUACCAGCUGACCAAACUUGGAAUUUUGUCGAAGGCUUAUCAUGCAGGUCUGAAGUCUGGAGAUCGCACAGAGGUCCAGAAUGAGUGGAUGCAGGGGAAGGUGCUGGUUAUUGUUGCUACUAUAAGCUUUGGCAUGGGAGUAGAUAAAGCCAACGUCAGAUUUGUAGCCCACUGGAACCUCGCUAAGUCUCUGGCCAGCUACUACCAAGAGUCUGGGCGAGCAGGGAGAGACGGCCUGCCCUCCGCCUGUCGAACAUACUACUCCGCGAAGGACAAGGAGCAAAUUAAUUUCCUCAUCCGCCAGGAGGUCGGCCGGAAGCAGGCAAAACGUGGCUCUGCAAAGGAGAGUGACAAAGCAGCCAUCACGGACUUUGAAGCAAUGGUGCUGUUUUGUGAGAAAGAAGGCUGCCGCCAUGACACCAUUUCUAAGUUUUUUGGGGACCAGUCGCCAAACUGUGCCGGCGCCUGCGACUUCUGCAGCAACCCCAAAGUCGUACGAGCUCAGCUGGCGAGAGCAGCCGUCCUCAGCAGUAACACACACGCAGCUCAGAGCAACAAGCCCAAAGGACCGUUCGGGUUCCAGGCGGACCUUUACGAAGGAGGGAAGAAGGGAUACGGCUUUGAAAGGUUUGAUGAAGCGGAUGGAGGCAGUGGUGAAGAUGAUGGAACAAAGAGGAAGAAGGAGUUUUCUGACCUCUUCAAGAAGCAGAUGAACCUGCGAAAGGGUGGCGACGGUCAAAGAGAAGACUUUAUUCCACCAGAUGUCGACUGUCCGCUCAGAGACGCCAGCAGCCAGAGGAUCCCUCGACUCACUGUCAAGGCCAGAGAGCACUGCCUGCAACUCCUGCAGGAGGCCCUACACAGCCAGCAGAGGGCAGAAGACGCUUUCAACUGUGACAGUCUGUCCUUGGCGGCGGAUAUUGAACAUGAGGUCUUCAGAAACAGCAAAUCCUCCAACUUGUAUAAAGCUGCUGUCCUAAAGAGGGUAUCAGAGAUGAAGAAAGCUGCACCUGCUUCAACAGAGGAAGAAAACGCAGCAGAAGACAGUAAGAGCAUCGGCAGCAGUGAUUCCAGAGAAACUGAGUCGGAAGUCGCAUCUUCUGCUUCUUCCUCGUUUACACACGAGAUGCAGGGGUUCACUUCUGCAUCAGAGGUCUACUCACUAAAGCGUAAGAGAAUAGGUGCAGGCCAGAGAGGCUCGUCUAAUCCCUUCAUCACUGCCAGGGAUCUGCUGAAUCCCUCCAUGUUAGACACGGAGUCUAACAAAGAGAAGGAAGGUGGCGGGUUUUUCAAUGACAACUCAGGAGACAUGAAAGCAAAAAGGGAGAGACUAGAAAAGACAGACACAGACCCGCCGUCGACUGCAUCAUCAUCCAUUAAAUCCAGAGCAAACGCCGUCUCUGCCUCCCUGAGCAGCCCGACUAAAGCAGGAAGAGCCAUGAGCAAGAAGCAGCAGAAGCUGGCGGAAGCGGCAAAGAGUUCCCGCAGCAUUUCCCAGUACUUUGCAAAGAAACAAACACCAGAGAAAAUCCAGGAGGACGCAGACAUGCCAGAGGAGCUCGAUGCUACAUUAUAUCAAGCUCCCAGCGAGAUCUCUCAAGAAAACAUUAGCCAGGAGCAACACUCACCUGCCUCUGUGGAAGAAGUAGAGAGCAGCCCUGUGAUAUCAGAGACUCAGAUCCAAGCAGAAAGCAAAACUGUGGUAAUAGUGAUACCUGACGACGAUGAAGGGGAGGAAACGGUUGAGAUUUCGAAGCUGGUUCACGAUGCAUCUCAACAGGAUACAACAUCCAUCACAGAACUAAGCAAACCCAAAGAUGCAGCUAAACCACCAGAAAUUGAAGAGGCGACGGAUGACAUUAAAGAAAAAAGGGAGUCGUCUCCUCCGGCGAAGCGAAGCCGCCCCGCAGAUGGUCGCAGCAGAAGAGUGACCUUCAACCCCAGCGUGCAGGAGAGAGCCCUGCAUCCAGUCAAUGAGCCGCCCAGGCCUGUGACCCUGAAGGAAGCAGCUGAUAUCGUGGUCCGCUAUCUGGACCCCUUUUACACUCAGGGAAAGUUUGCCACCAAGGAGCUGUUCAAGUCUUUCGCUCGCUACUUGUCUCACCUCCUUGCAGAGGGGAGGAGUCGAGGGAAAGGCCAAGUUAAAGCAGAAGCCAAAGCUCUCAUCAAGAAGUUCUUCAGCAGAGUCCAGCGCUGCGAGAGUGAGGCGGACUGGAAGCACCUUAAAAGACCGCACAGCUGUAAAACCACAGAGAACAAUGAGUGAUGGGAAGAGGAAACGUAGCCAUUUUCAGGGUCAAAGCCUUCCUCUUUGUCAGUGCCUAAGCUUCUGUUGUUCCAGUGAUCUCAGGCUUUGUCACAGAUGCCUGCUCACCACAGUUCUGCUUUUUUUUCCAGCCUGGUUGCUGCUGCUAUUGUAGCUUAUGUCAAUAACUGAGCAAUAAAACAGGGACUGUUAGAGCCUGAGAGGGCAAAGCGGAGCACACGUCUAAUGUGACAAGUGUUCUUUAUGUUUCGGCCCAUUUAUUACAAAUUGUAGACGCUUUAUAUUCCAGAUGUGUUGGACUUCACUUAACUACAAUAUGGGGAUAAAGUAGAGAACUUUCCAUGUCAGUCUGCGCUUAUAUUUGCUGUGAAUCAUUUUUCAGAUCUUUUCGGGUUGACUACCCGUCGGAGCUGCAAUGCACAGAAACCAAAGGCUGCAGCUGAGGCACAGUGGUGCUUUGAGUCUGACGCCAACAGGCCCUUUUUCACAGCAGUCAUUCUGGCUUGUCACGGCAGGAAAAUUCCAUUUAGGUGAGCUGCUGCCACAGUCCUCCUAUUGUACAGUCUGGCUCAGUGCCAGCGACUCUUUAUCGAACUUGAUGAAAUUUACUUUUUCAGUUUUUUUUGUCCCUGCUGUGAGUCAAAAUGUGUGCAGAAAAAAGAUACAUGUCAGAGUCCUAACAUGCAAAUACUGAUGGUGCUAGAAGAAGUAAUGGAAAGAUUGAUCCUCUUGGGACCAUGCACGGCAAAUUACAUGGCACUCUAUGGCGGACCAACUGAUACUGCCAUCCCCAAAAGACAAAACACGCCAUGGCAGACAUGCGUGUGGAUAUACAUGUGUACAUAAUUUGAAGUAAAUGAGGAGAAAACAUAAAAACACAUAAUUUUCUGUUUUAGGGGCCUGAAAGUUGUUUUGUUUGUCGUUUUUUUUGGUGUUUUUUUAAAAAAAAUUGCUGCUAAAUGUUGUGUUUUUGGCUGCUGGAAUCCAAAACAAACUAUUCUGUAUGAUCUAAAGCUAUGAACUUUGAUUUUUCUUGUGUUUAAAUCCGAGUAAUUUCUGUUUUUUUCUCGUGUUGUCUCUUAGCCAAAGGGAGAAUUAGUUCCGAGGGAUGUUUUUUUUUUUUUUUCCUUUCUGUUUAAAACAACACGAUUUCCAAUGAUGGAAAGAUUCCUUAUGUUAGUUCUUAGUGCCUGUCAGGACUGUGAAAGGCCACAGUUUCUGUCUCCUUAGACAACUUGAAGCACUGACGGACGCAUCAGAAGCCUGGUUGACUGCAGAGUCACAGCUGAUGCACUCCUGGAUCUGAAAUGUUUACAAUAAAGUGAAUGCUGAAGAGAAAGAAGCA